AUGAAUCCCUCGACUAGCGAACCCGAAAACGAAGCCGCUCAUGGUCGGCAUCUUGAUUCGAGUAAGCCAGAAGUCGUCGUUCCAAACCCGGAAUUUAAGCCAGGCGGCGGAAAGAUCAGUGAACCCGCGAGCGCUCAGCAACAAUCAGACUCUCAGCAAGGACCUCAGAGUACAGCCGCCAGUCACAACCAGCAUGAAGAAUUGACCUCAGCGCAAGAAACGCAAGCAAAUACUAGUACCGACCAGCCUCAGCAAAGCAUCGAGGCAGAAGACGAUUCGGGCUCCAAUAGAGACGACGAUUCAUCUUAUGGUGAUGAAGUAGUGAGCUUCACAGCCUCUCUGAGUUCUAGCAUCAUGAACUUCAAAUACGAGAAUGGUCGACGAUAUCAUGCUCAAGAUGAUACACAAUACUUUCUCCCGAAUGACGACAUUGAGAACGAUCGUCUGGAUCUCUUUCAUCAUCUAUUGACGUUAAGAUGCGAUGGUCAACUUUUUCUUGCGCCAAUUGGGUCUAAUCCUCAAAGAAUCCUCGAUCUUGGGACUGGCACUGGAAUUUGGGCUAUUGAAAUCGGCGAUGCCUAUCCAUCUGCUAGUGUUCUUGGAAAUGAUCUUAGCCCAGUCCAACCAAACCUCGUUCCUCCUAAUGUUUCUUUUGAAGUGGACGACAUUGAAAGGCCGUGGGAGUUUUCCCGACCAUUUGAUUUCAUUCAUUGCCGGUAUCUUGCAGGGUCUAUUGUCGACUGGCCUCGUCUCGUUGCUCAAGCAUUCCAAUUCACGAAGCCGGGAGGAUGGGUUGAGUUCCAGGACUUCGAUAUGCAAUUCUAUUCUACUGAUGGAACAUUUGUCCCUGGCAGUCCCCCUAACGUCUGGACAGAUGAAGUCAUUGCAGCAAUAAAAGUUUUUGGUCGUGAGCCAGAACCAGGACCAAAACUAGAACAAUGGGUUAGGGACGCAGGAUUCGAGAAUGUCAAUCACCGACUGAUUCCAAUUCCAGUGGGAAUGUGGCCUAAAGACAAAAGAAUGAAAGAGAUUGGAGCCUGUGAUCUGUCCAUGUUCCUCGAAGGGCUAGAGGGAAUUUCACUUCGAGCCUUUACAAACGCACGGGGUUGGUCCCCUGAAGAAGUUUUGGCUUUCCUACCAUCGGUGAGAAAGGCACUUUGCAACAAGCGUACACACGCAUUGCAUGAUUUGUGA